GGGGGUGUCAGUCUUAGUCAGUCCAGCCUCCAGUCAUGCGUGAUUGUUCAGAGUUGUUUAGUGAGUGAACGCAAACAGACUAAAGCUGUGUGAAGAACAUGACAGGGGAGAGUUGAAAGUUAAUACUUUUUUGUCGGCGCCGUCACCUUUUUGUUUUAUUUUUCUUCUGUCUUUGACUUUGUUACUUAAGAAGUCAUGGAGCCGAUAACAAAGUGGACGCCAAAACAAGUUGUUGAUUGGAUGAAAGGGUUGGAUGACAGCUUGCAACAGUAUAUUAGUAACUUUGAGAGGGAAAAGAUCAGCGGAGAACAGCUAUUAAAGAUCACUCAUCAAGACUUGGAGGAGCUGGGCGUGGCAAGGAUUGGACACCAGGAACUGGUCCUUGAAGCCGUCGAUUUGCUUUGUGCUUUGAACUAUGGCGUGGAAACGGAUAACCUGAAGAAUCUUGUCAUGAGGAUGAGAGCUGCAACCAACAGUCUUCACAUUGCUACAAAUGAUCGCAGAAAAAGCCCCCCAUCUGAGGGAAGCAUGUCUCGCAAGCCACCAAAUGACUUCCUAACUUCUGUGGUGGAGCUGAUUGGUGCUGCAAAGAGCCUCCUAGCUUGGCUUGAUAGGACGCCUCUCACAGGGAUCAGUGACUUCACAGCUACCAAGAACAAGAUCAUACAGCUGUGCCUGGAGUUGACCACCACAGUUCAGCAGGACUGCAGCAUCUAUGAGAUGGAAGAAAAGAUUCUGGAAGUUUCCAAGACUUUGAACAACAUCUGUGACCAGACCGUGAGAACCACAUCGGACCCCCUCAUGAGCCAAUCUGCCUGUCUGGAGGAAGUCCAGCUGACCAACAUCAAACCUGGCGAGGGGCUGGGAAUGUACAUCAAGUCGACAUACGAUGGUUUGCAUGUCAUCACUGGAACUACAGAGCAUUCUCCUGCAGACCUUUCAAGGAAGAUCCAUGCAGGGGAUGAAGUGAUUCAGGUCAACCAGCAGACAGUGGUUGGAUGGCAGUUGAAAAACCUUGUUUUCAAAUUGAGAGAAGAUCCCAAAGGCGUGGUUCUACUACUGAAGAAGAGGCCGACAGGAACUACAAGCUUCACCCCCGCCCCACUUAAGAACAUGCGCUGGAAGCCCCCCGUACCUCAGAAUAAUUCCUCUCUGAUCCGAUCCCAGUCCCCCGCAGGUUCAGCUAAUGGUUCUACUAAAAAGGAGAAGCCAGCUAUUAUGGACUUGUACAUUCCUCCACCGCCUCCAGUGCCGUACACUCCACGAGAGAUGAGAUCAGACUCCCUCUCCAGCAUCAGUAAAAGACCGAAGGGCUCAGAGUCACCCAACUCCUUCCUGGACCAGGAGAGGAGACAACGUACCGCCAUCACAGAUUAUGACAAGUUAAACUCCGGAUGUCCAAUUGAAGCCACCGUAAUCCAGCCCAGAAUGAGGGAGCAUAAGACUUCACGUGGUAAGCCAAGGCCACUGUCGAUGCCAGCAGAUACUUGUGUUGCAGCAGUGGACACAUAUGCCAAGCCCUGGGCACAUGGCAGAAAAGGUGAGGACCUGCUGUACAGAUACCUCAGCAACGAGCGGAUUCCCACCAUUGCCGAGGAGGUCCCGUCAGCAUCCUCGCCCUACAGGCCUGCGAGGGAGCGCCAGCUCGUCCGAGUGGACCGCAUCCGACACAGCUGCUACUAUUCCAACUCAGACCUCCACAACAGUGCCACCAUCCCCUACCAGGAGGACACGAAAAAGGCCCCCGUAAGCCCCAUCUCAAAGCGCACCCCGGCAGAGCGCUCACUACUGGUCAGUUGGAUCACGCGGCUUAAGCUGUUGACUCACUGAUGAUGUGCUUCCUGUGCCAGGGCUUCUUGUUCUUGUCCUGUGUUCUUCCUGAGUGCCUUUGACGUUUAAACGUCCAGCUGUUUUUUAGCAGCUUCGGGCUCUCUCACUCUCCUCUCUGACCCCAAACCUCCAUAACUUCAUGGUGUUAGGGCUACUACCAACUACUGCUACUACUACUACUACUUCUACUACUACUGCUACUACCCACAAUCAACCUUGCUUUGUAGUAGCCUACUCACUACAUUAAGUCAUUGCCUCUUUAACACUGCCCUCAAUCCUAAUCUCAGACUACAAAACUUCUGAGAAUCUGUUUGCUCAGGUCUAGAAAAACCUUGGCUUUGUUCUCUUUGUAAACUUCUGUGUACAUAUUAAGUUAUGUAAUUUUUCCAUUGAGAUGUUCUCUGAAACAAAUAUAUAUUUAAUCACUUGAAGUUCUUUAGUUAUGUGGUUCUGUAGUUUUUCAUUUCCAAUAAAUUAUAAAGUGAAAGUAAGUGGAGAAAAAUGUUUGAUAGAAACUGCUUUGGAUUUUUAUAUUUUUCUUUCCUGAGUAUAUAUAUAUAGUACUGUGAGCAAGCAUUUUUCACUUGUAGAUUUCUUUUGCUUUUUUGUUGCUUACUUGUUAAUGAUAAUCAAAGAAGCCCCAAUAUCAGACAAAGAUAACUCAUUUAUAACUUUAUAAAUGGAAAAAAAAAACACUUGACCCACCCAUUCACACAAAGGACAUGUGUACUUUACAAAAUUUUAAUUAUAAUACUGUGAUUUGUUUCCCAUCUGUUCUUGAAUUUCUAAAAAAUUACUUAAAUUUCUCAGUGUAAUAAAUUUUUUAACCCUUGAUUCAAAUAAUGUCUAAAAAAAUUUGGUCAAAUAAGGUAAAUUUUUUAUUUAAUGUGGGGUUGAUUACUUUUUCUUUCUUUGUUUUCUUUUUUUUUUUUUUUUUUACAAAUGACCGGAUAGGUUUGCGUAGGUUUAAGUAUGGCAAAGAAAAAAAAAAAAAAAAAAAGCAAAAGCAGGAGAAAUUUUAAGGUGUUGAAAGUUGUUUUCACAUCACUGUACAUUUCGGUCUGCCACUAGUUGCCUCUUGUAAGCUAUG